UAUUUGCUGGGAAGUUUUGGAGUGGGCUCCGUCACAGAGCUGUCUGCUGUGAGUUGGAGGGCUGGGGAGCCCUCUGGUGUGAGAAUGCUUGGGGACCUCGCUCCACUGUCCCCAGACAGAGCCCUGUCCCUCGGCGGCGGCCCCAAACCUGGAUUCAGCUGCAAGAUGGUCCUGCAGGCGGUGGGCAGAGUGCUGAGAAAAUCGAAGACAAAGCCAAAUGGUAAGAAACCAGCAUCAGAAGAGAAGAAGUUAUACCUGGAGCCAGAAUACACGCGUGUACGCGUAUCGGAUUUCGAAUUCAAGCAGUUGGUGACAUUACCGCAGGAGAUAGACCUCAACGAGUGGUUGGCGAGCAACAUCACUACUUUCUUCAACCAUAUUAACCUUCAGUACAGCACCAUCUCCGAGUUCUGCACAGCAGAGACCUGCCAGACGAUGGCCGCCUGUAACACACAAUACUACUGGUAUGAUGAGCGGGGGAAAAAAAUAAAAUGCACGGCUCCUCAGUACAUUGACUUCGUCAUGAGCUCUGUACAGAAACUUGUAACAGAUGAGGAUGUCUUCCCCACCAAAUACGGCAGGGAAUUCCCCAGCUCGUUUGAAUCGUUGGUGAAGAAGAUCUCCCGAUAUCUAUUCCACGUCAUGGCUCACAUCUAUUCUGCUCAUUUCAAGGAAAUCGCAGCCCUGGAGCUACACGGACAUUUAAACACGCUCUUUAUUCACUUUCUUCUCUUUGUACGAGAGUUCAACUUACUGGACCCCAAGGAGACAGCCAUCCUGGACGACCUGUCUGACAUCCUCUUCUCUGAGGACAGCAGGGAAGCAGCAGGGGCCACAGGAGGGGCACAGAAUCAUGUGAAGGAGAGAUGAGUCCCCCCUACUGUCCUGCUUCCUCUCCUUCCACUCCUGGCGUGCCCCACACCCCUACAGAGAGCUGGAUUACCUCCCAGCUACAAGCACAGGGGACAGGCGGGUGCAGGAACCGCGUUGCCAGUCUCACGGUGGGGAAGGCUCUGCCUGUUAUACCCCAGCCUGAAGGGGAGAAAACCUCGCUCUUAUCUUUAGCAGGAACUUGCACCGAGUAUCACCUUAUUUUUAUUUUAUGUCUUGAGUUUUUCCUCCUUCCUUUAUUUUUGUUAAGUUUGUCUUUCUGGCCCUUCCCAUGUUUUUCUUCCUUUCUUCCCUUUUCUUUCGUGUUUCUCCCCCCCUUCUUACGGGGUGGCACUGCCAUUUCUGGCUUAAUUCUAUUAUUCUAUUAAGAGAACAUAUUUUGGGUUUUCUAUUUUAUUUUGCCGUGGCUUUGGAAGAAUGGUAGAGGCUUCUAAGUGGGAAGUGAGAUUCGGAGAGAAUGGGCUGCCAGAGCCGAGAAGAAUCAUCUUUCUGCUGCCUGAAAUCUCUUUGGUCUGGAUCUCAUCCAGUCUCCUCCCUCUGACCCUCGGACAUCAACUUUUCCUCUCCCCUCCCUUGGAGAGGGGGGGUGCAGGGCGCUCAUCCCUGGUUGGGGUGAAACCAUGCGGUUGGCUUCUUUUAGUUUAUCUGUUAAAUAAUAAUGAUAAUAAUAAAAAAGAUUCUAUCA